UUCAAAAUGAUUUCAAAACUUCUAUGCACUGACGUGCUUGCUAUCCGCUGUAUAGAUAAUCUAAUUUUUGUAGGUAUGGGCUCUACAUUACACAUUUUUAAUCGUACCACUUAUAAAUUGGAAAAAAAAAUAAGUUGCUUUUAUCCAUAUAAUAUACAUGGGAUUGUUGAAGGCCCUAAUAACCAGUUAACUGUAUUUGGUGCUAAUGUUCUUUGUACAUAUAAAAUUUCCAAAGAACAAGGAAUAUUCAUAAUUGAAGAAGAUUCUCAGAAAAAAAUGCUGACUGACUGGAUAAUAGCAAUAAAAUGGUUAACACUUCAUGAAUGCAAUUAUUUAUGUGUUCUUUUAGCACAUAAUAAUAUAUGCAUUUAUGAUAUAUUCUGUGAAUGCUACCAAAAUGUAUCGUGUGAAGAAAAGUGUAUUCUAUAUGGUGGAUCCAUCUUAAUAAACAAUAAUAAAGAUUUGGUUGUCUUUAGUGGAACAGUAUAUCAAGAAAUAUUAAUAUGGGAAGUAAAUUGUGGUUUUUAUGCUGAAACAUCAUCAGUUUUACAUCGUUUGCAAGGACAUAAUGGUGUCAUCUUUUCAGUUAUAUAUGACUCAGCUACACAACUUAUUUGCUCUACAUCAGAUGAUAGAACAGUUAGAUUAUGGAAAGUAAGUAAUAUUGAAAGUAAAGAAAGUAAUGUUAUAAAUUGGAGGCAAGCUAAUAUAAAAUUAUCACGAACAAUAUUUGGCCAUACAGCUAGAGUAUGGAAAGCUAUUAUUAGAAAUGAAAUUUUAAUUACAAUAGGAGAGGAUUCUCUUAUGUGCACUUGGUCAUUGGAUGGAAAAUUACUUAACAAAAUUUGUGCUCAUCAUGGUGCUGCUAUAUGGAGUAUCGAUGCAUCAGAUGAUAAUAAAAGUAUUUUUACCGGUGGUGCUGAUGGUGCAGUUCAUGCAUGGCCUUUUAUUAAUAAUUACAUUCAAGAAGCUAUAUUGCUACCUAAAAGACAUACAUGCACUUUACCAAAAUAUGUUUGUUACUUAAGUAGUGGUAACCUCCUGGUUUUCAAUGAAAAUGGUAUUUUAUUUGUCUUUGACAGAUUGUACAAUGAUCCACAAGAGACAUUAUAUUUAGAAAGAUACAGCACAUAUUGUGUUAUGGAAGUUUCUUUAUGUCAUUCCCUUGUUUGUUUUGCAUCAAGAGAUGGAUAUGUAACGGUAUACAAUGAAUAUGAUGGAACUGACAAAAAGUUACAACAGGUUUUUGAAGAAAAGAUAAUGGAAUCACAAAUAUUUUCAAUACAGUGGUUAGAAAGAAAUAAACUAAUAGCUUGUGGGAUAAAUGGAAUGUUAAGGAUAUUUACUUUUACUAUAACAGGGUCAAUUACUAUACAAUCAGUGUGUCUCCUACCGCACAGUCGAGAACGUUGGUUAACAGCAGCGGUUCUAUAUGAAGGGUUAUUAGUGUGUGGAGAUAGAGCUGGAAAUAUGCAUGUUUUUGAGCUUGAAAAAUCUAUUUCACAAAAUCCAACAAAUAUAGCUAGAAUUGAUAAUAAACCUAUUCAAACUUUUGUCAAAGUUCAUGGAAAAAUUGGCAUCCAGAAUUUUAUAGUUUUAGACUCAAAAUUGAUAUCAGCAGGUCGCGAUGGAAUGUUAAGGUUUUACGAAACAUAUAAGCAUAAAAACGCGAAAUUAUUAUGCACUUUACAUAAAGAAAAGCUGCCAAUGGACUGGAUUAGUGGUCAUUUGAAAACAUCUGAUGAUAUUUUUAUAUUAGGUUUUCAAGAGGUGGAGUUUGUGAUAUACAGUAUGAUCAAUCAUCGAACUUUAAUAAGAGUUCCUUGUGGUGGUGGGCAUAGAUCAUGGGAUUGUAUGCUACUAAAGGAACUUAUAACACUUAUUUAUAUUCGUAAUAAACAAGUAUAUGUACUUCAUUUUCCACUAAGUUCCUUAGUGUCACCGGUUUUAUUAAAUGGUUUUCAUACAAAGGAAAUAUGCUGUGUUAAUCCUGUAUUUCAAAUUGAUCAACACAAUAUUUUUAUAUCUGGAGGUGAAGAUGGUACCCUUCGUAUUACUAAUGUUUCAAAUACACCAAUAAAAAACGAUUUCACCUUUCGAACAUUGGGUAUUUUUGAUGGUCACAUUUCUAGUAUAAAAUUUAUAACUUGCUUGAAUUUAGAAUCUGACCUUUUCUACAAUAAAUUUCUCGUUUUUUCGGGGGGUGGAAGAGCUCAAAUAAAAGUAUGGGAAAUUGAUAUAAAAGGCAGUAAAACAUUUCUACAAAGUACAGAUAUCUCUUGUCAUGACAUUACAUCUCAUAUGUUGUACGGAUUUGAUCGACAACGUAAGAAACAAUGGCAAGAAUCUAAUCAGUCCUACUUUGUGCAACCUGAGACUCGAUAUAUGGACAUUGAGAUUUAUCGUUGUACAAAAUUACAUUACAUACUGCUCUUUGUUGCUUGUGCAGAUGGAUUCAUUAGAAUAUUUUUGUAUGAUAUUAAUACAAAACGCAUUUCGUUAAAAGUACAUGCAAAAUGUGUUGAUCGUUGUAUAUCAAAAUUAACUAUUUUAACAUAUGAAGAGAAAAUAAUAGCAUUAACGAUGUCAACUGAUGGAAUUGGUCGAUUUAUUGAUUUUACCGAUACUAUUUCAAGAAUUAUAAAAUUUCACGAAGUUGAAGAACAAGAGUUUCAAAAUUGUAAAGAUGCAUCCAUUGAAAAGUUUAAUUUGCAUCAGUCUGGAAUUAAUUCAUAUGAUAUCAAAAUGAAUGAGAAAGGUGAAUAUUUGUUAGCAACUGGUGGUGAUGACAAUCUAUUUAAUCUUAUUCGUUUUCAAGUUCAGUUACUGAACAACAAGAAAGAGUUACAUAUUUCAGUAUUAUCAAAAUGGAGUACUCCAAAUGCACAUGCUGCUCAAAUUACAGGAAUAAUGUUUCACGAAGAAAAUAAAAUUUAUAGCGUUGGAAUGGAUCAACAAGUGAUUAUGUAUAGUUAUUAUUAUAAUAAUGACACUUUAUCUGUAACAGUUUUGAAGAAAGUCAUUACAUUUGUGACAGAUGUAAAAGGCUUAACUUCAUGGAACAGUUCAAAGGGUCAAUCAGACAUAUGUGUUUAUGGUAAAGGGUUUGAGAUAUUGAUCUUUUAA